AUGAUGAGAGUCCUCCUUGCUUUCCUCAGCACAACGCUGCAGUUCGUUGGGGCUACCCGUCACCAGGCAGGUCACAUCCAGGCGGAGGCGGUCUCCUACGUCGACGGCGUGGUGCCUUUUCCAGGUGACAUGAUCUCCGGCGUCGCCGACUGGAAAUGUGCCCGCGGCGGCGGUAUUUAUGACGAGGAAUCCGGCCAAUGCUUCGUUCCAGGGGCUGCGUUAACUCGUGUGGUUUCGUGCGACUAUCAGUCGGCGUGCCGUGGUGGCAAAUACUUCGACGACAAAGGGUUUUGCUACUUCCCGGACAAGUACACCAAGAUCACUCCGGCCAGAUAUCAGUCUGAUUGCAUUGGUGGAAUCCACACGGGAUGCGGUGGUGGCAAGUGCUUGAAGAAGUGA